UCUGGAACUUCUGGAAAGCUGCACACAGAGAGAGAGAGAGAGAGAGAGAGAGAGAGGGGAAACUGUCAGCUGUGGAUUACUGGAGGCAGUUAGAGAUCAGCUUCGAAGCGUUUUUGGUUUUAAAGGCUAAAAUGGAGUAAAUUCGCGGUCAUGGUGGUGAAUUCAGUGCACUGGUUCCGAAAAGGGCUGCGACUUCACGACAAUCCGGCUUUACAGGAGGCGUUAAAUGGCGCGGACUCGGCGCGCUGUGUUUAUGUUUUGGAUCCGUGGUUCGCUGGAGCGGCCAACGUCGGAGUCAACCGGUGGAGAUUUCUGCUGGAGUCGUUAGAGGAUCUGGAUACGAGUUUAAGGAAACUGAACUCGAGGCUGUUUGUGGUGCGAGGGCAGCCCGCCGAUGUGUUUCCCAGACUGUUCAAGGAGUGGAACGUGACUCGACUGACGUUUGAGUAUGACUCGGAGCCGUACGGUAAGGAGCGGGAUGGCGCCAUCAUUAAAAUGGCCCAGGAGUUCGGUGUGGAGACGAUCGUGAGGCACUCUCACACACUCUACAACCCGGACAGGAUCAUCGAAAUGAACAACAACAACCCGCCGCUCACCUUCAAACGCUUUCAGGCCAUCGUGAGCCGCCUCGAGCUGCCCAAGAAGCCGCUGCCCACCAUCACGCCGGAGCAGAUGGCCAGCUGCAGCACGCAGCUCUCGGAAAACCACGACAAGCAUUACGGCGUGCCCUCACUGGAGGAGCUGGGGUUUAAAGCUCAAGGCAAGGGUGCACCAGUUUGGAGAGGCGGUGAAACUGAGGCUCUGGAGAGACUCAAUAAACAUCUGGACAGAAAGGCAUGGGUGGCGAAUUUCGAGCGUCCUCGAAUCAAGGCCCACUCGCUCUUCGCCAGCCCCACCGGUCUGAGUCCGUACCUCUGCUUCGGCUGCCUGUCGUCUCGAGUGCUUUAUUACCACUUACGUGAACUCUAUAUGAAGCUGCGCAGACGCUCCAGCCCUCCUCUCUCGCUGUUCAGGCAGCUCUUGUGGCGCGAGUUCUUCUACACUGCAGCCACCAACAACCCCAGCUUCGACCGCAUGGAAGGAAACCCCAUCUGCGUGCAGAUCCCCUGGGACAAGAACCCCGAAGCACUGGCCAAGUGGGCCGAAGGCAGGACGGGCUUCCCCUGGAUCGACGCUAUCAUGUGCCAGCUGAGGCAGGAGGGAUGGAUCCAUCACCUAGCGCGCCACGCCGUGGCCUGCUUCCUCACCCGGGGUGACCUGUGGAUCAGCUGGGAGAGCGGCAUGAGGGUGUUUGAGGAGCUGUUGCUAGACGCUGACUGGAGCGUGAAUGCUGGAAGCUGGAUGUGGCUUUCCUGCAGCGCUUUCUUCCAGCAGUUCUUCCACUGCUACUGUCCCGUGGGCUUCGGGCGCCGCAUCGACCCCAGCGGGGACUACAUACGGAGAUAUAUUCCUGAGCUGAAGGACUACCCGAGCCGCUACAUCUACGAGCCGUGGAAUACACCGGAGGCGAUUCAGAAGGCAGCGAACUGCAUUGUGGGAGUCGAUUAUCCCAAACCCAUGAUAAAUCACGCAGAGAGCAGCCGCCUCAACAUCGAGAGGAUGAAGCAAGUCUAUCAGCAGCUCUCGCACUACAGAGGCCUUAGUCUGCUAGCAUCAGUGCCCACCAUUCAGGAGGAGGCAGAGCCGUCGAUGUCGGACGACUCUCAGGCCAGCAGCAGUGGUGCCAUCUCGGCGUCCCAUCAACCACCGCCUCAGUCUGAACCCCAGCCAUCCCAAACAGAUCCCGACCCUGAUCCAGACCAGAACCCCGCUCCCGAGCCUUCAGCAUCGUCGGCUCCUGCAGCCAUGAGAAAGCGAGGUUGCUCCUCUGAACCCCAGAACUCCCAGAAUCCUAAAGUGCAGCACACCAGCCAGACUAAAGCCGAGCAGCUGCACACUGACAGCAAGCAGUGACCGAGCAGGUGAUGAAUCGCUCCCGCUGAUUCAGUCACAACAGUGCAGCAGAUGAAGGAAAACAAAAAAGGAGGAUGCUCUGCAACAAAAACCAUCCACAAGACAGGAAAUAAGUGCAGCACUUACUAGUCCAAGCUGAGGGGAAAAACAAAAAGAAAUGGCACUAAGACUGCAGUAUGUUACGGUUUGGCACAGACAGAGCUACAGCGUUUUCUGUUCUCUAGGCUUGCUACUGUUUUAAUUUUAAAUCCAUUCAGCAAGAUAAAGCUUUAAUGGCACAUUCAUAUUUAGAGUGGAUGUGCUUUGAUCAACAUUUAACAUAAUAACGCUAGCCUUUGGAUCUUAAAUCAGAUUUUUUAAACCAGCGAGUUCACAAUUCUGUUCAUAACGUUUGUUGUUCUUUAGCACUCUGACUAAAGAAGAGUUUUAUCAGUGUUGUAUUUUUAAAAGUACAGUAUAAUUCUAAUUUCAUACCUUCAGCACAUACCUGAUGAAGACAAGUAUAAUCAGUCGUAGCUUGCAGCAUAUACAAUCAGCAACAUGAAGGAAAGUUUUUCCUUUCCCUGUUUUAGUAUCUGUGUUGAGUAAAAUGCUUUGUUUUUAGAACAUUUUUAAGACGUUUCCACAACGUCCGAUUCUCUUAGUGAGAGGAUGUUAGCGUUGUUCUCUUUAAGAGAGACUACAUUCCACAUUAACCUGCACAUUCAUGAGCUUGAGUCCCCCAAACUAAGCAGACUAGCAUUAUUUAUUUAAUCUUUGUUAUUGUAUAAAAGAGUUUAUUUAGGUGGAAGUGGUAAAAGUAUUGCAGGGACGAUGAGCAGACGAGCACGUGUGCGUUUUCACGUUUGUGUGUGGAUGGGCUGGGGGAAUGCAACAACUUAUUGAAGGUGAUGAAAUAACAAUUGUUUCUGUGAUGUUGCAUCUACGCGGUUUAUCCACAGAAUAUUCAAAUAAAUACUCUGGACACACAAA